AUGCCUAGCCUUGCUUCGGAUAUUAUAUUCGAUGACAUCCUCAUGGUAGAUGUGAGUAACCCGAUUUUUAUCGACCAACAAUAUUGCCCGCGACCUCCUUGCAACCUAAAGGCACAAUCCAAAGUUCGAAUAAAGAAUGUAACAUUUAGAAAAGUGCGUGGCACAUCAAGUUCUAAGGUUGCAGUUAAGAUCCAAUGUAGCAAACAUGUGCCAUGUCAAGGUAUUAACCUCGUGAACAUUAACUUGGCGUAUCGUGGUCCAGAGGGACGGGUGGAGUCAUCGUGCUUCAACGUUCAAGGAAAGUCGUAUGGCCUGCAACUUCCAUCGGGUUGUCUAUAG